AGAUCCGAUCGCCCGCCGCCCGAUCUGGGGGCGCGGGCUCGGAGGCUCGCCGUUGACGGGGUCCGCGGUGCGCCGAUUUUUUUUUUUUAGGGAUUUUUGGUGGUGUUUCGGUUGUAGGUUGGUGGUGUGGUCUUUUGCGUCGAGGCGUAGCGGUUGGUUUUGGAUCGGAUCUGCGCGAAUUGCGAUUGGGUUGACCGCUGUGGUUGGUUGGUUGCUGGCAUAGGUUGUGCGCGUUUCUCUGUUCCUAUGAGCAGUUUGGGGAGGAGGAAUCACCUUUGGAUAUAUAUUUUUUCCCUUUAAUUGUUUGCAAAUCGUUUGUGGCGUUUGUUUCUAGGAUGGGAGGCGAGACCUUAACCUAUAGGAACAGCAGAGGGAGUGAAACAGUGAGGGAUACCGAAUCUGGCUGAUGAACAAACUUUGGUGGUUGCCGGCGGAUGGGGGGAGUGAUUUCAUCCUGGCCCGCCAUGUACGCGCCACCAGCGCCUGUGGCUGCUUGCUUGUGGCAGGGCUCUUCCAUCCCUUGCAGCACAUGCAAGCUUCGGUGCCAAACAUGAACCAAGUGAGAGAGAUGUGUGCUGAUACGGAAGGUCUCUUUUGGCCCUUGGGGUGAAUGGGUGGAUGAAGCAGCGAGCUUCCUUGCUGUGCUUGGCACGGAUAACCUUGAUUGCGGCUGGAGGUUUCGUGGUGACCGUGGCAACGUCAAUUGCUUGGACGUGUGGAUGAAGUUUGACUGCGUGAAUUGGGUGUGCAUCUGGCUGAUUGCGGUUCCGGGCAUAGAUUGCUUUGCCUGUAUGCUGCUGGUUGCCUGCCUUGUUGUGGUGCUAUGUAAGCAAUCUUUACUUGUGGAUCAACCAAGAAGGCCAUGGCUUAGUGCUAUGAUUGCGUGAGACAGUUGAGUAACCAAAGGUUGCAGAGCUUGAGUUGUUUAUAGGGAGCACUCAAUAAGGAUGAGGUAGAGCUCUGGGUCCAGCACAAUUAAAUCUGCUCUUACAGAAGACCUGGGGUGCAGGUUGUUGGCUAACAAUCCCAUUGCUGCUCUGCAGUCCAUCGGUAGCAAUGGCACAGGAGAGCUGGAAACAAGAGUCCGAGGAGACUGGAGUCCAUGCGCCUGAGGCCCCAAUUCUGUGCAUAAACAACUGUGGUUUCUUUGGCAGCAGCAUGACGAACAAUAUGUGCUCGAAGUGUUACAGGGACUUCAUCAAGUUGAUGGAAGCCCCUGUGGUGGAGAAGAAGGUGAUCACGGCAGCAUCUUCUUCCGCGGUGCCACUGGAGACAGCAAAGCAUGAUGAUGCCCAUGCUGCUGCUGUGACUGAAGCUGUGGCAGAGAAGCAAGCAGAGCAGGAGCCCCCAAAGCCACCCAGCAACCGGUGCCUAACCUGCCGCAAGAAAGUUGGGCUUACUGGGUUCCAGUGCCGCUGUGGGGGCACCUUCUGCUCCACGCACCGCUACACCGACUCCCACCAGUGCACCUUCGACUACAAGAAGGUGGCACGGGAGCAGAUAGCCAAGCAGAACCCAGUUGUGAUGGCUGAGAAGAUCAACAAGAUUUGAUGCCUGGUCAUGAAGGGAUCGCUGAAUUCAUGCUUGGGUUCCUGAGUCCUCAAGAAGUUCCAAUCGAUAGGUUCCUUCAGGUGGUGGUCUGGGUUAGUGUGGUAGUAGGGGGUCUCAAUUGUGUCUAUCCUUCUCCUUUAAUCAUGGUUUCAUUCUCUCGAUUGUGUAAUAAUGUAAAUAUAUUCAAACUGUAAUUUAAUCCUAUUGCUUUCUACUACGUUGAUUGCUGGUUUUCUUA